UGUUCCGUAGCACAUUAGCUUGAGAUUGCGGGAAGACAGACUACUGGGGUUAUUCAUUCACGGGCUUCUCGACAUUUCCUCUCACCAUCCCCUUUCCUAAGAACAUAUAUCCCGGUAGUACAGCGUCCUUUGUGCUACCCUCCCCUGAAUCGGAGCUAAAGGGACCAGAGAGUGGUUUCCUUGUUUUUUUAAUCUUUUUCUGCUGCAGGACGCACGCUGAUGGCGGUCACUAUCGAGGAUCUCUAUCGGAGCUACGGGGUCCUGGCUGACGCUAAGGACGACCUCAGCCAGCACAAAGAUGCCUACCAAGUCAUCUUGGAUGGCGUGAAGGGCGGGCCGAAGGAAAAGCGCCUGGCUGCACAGUUUAUUCCCAAGUUCUUCAGCAGCUUUCCAGAACUGGCGGAUUCAGCCAUCAAUGCCCAGCUCGAUCUCUGUGAAGAUGAGGAUGUGUCGAUCCGACGACAGGAUGGCCUGUCGUCGGAUCUGGACGAAGACAAGAACACAGGAAGGAUUGUGGACACUAACCCAAAGCGUCUCAGUGCUGUGGAGAGACUGGAAGCUGACAAGGCGAAGUAUGUCAAGAGCCAGGAAGUUAUCAACGCCAAGCAGGAGCCAAUCAAACCACCUGUGCUGGCUAAGCCUCCUGUCGGUCACACCCUCCUGUCCAAAAGGGGCUCUGGGAUUGGUGGGGGCGGGAUACCUUUCAAAGCAUCCAAUAACAACGCUAAGUCAGACACAUGUGCAGGCAGCAGCAAACGAGAGAAUUUAAACCUGGAGAUUCUUAAAAAUCUGCUAAACUCAUCGUCAUCUUCAGGAGCAACUUCCGAAGGACGAGGGGGCGGAGCUAAGAGUGCUGUGUUGAUGAGGUCAGCAGGGGGAAUGGCCAGAAGUUGGACACCAUCAGGGAUGCCGUUGACCUACCGAUCCACCAUGGCACUGAAUGAGCAGCCCCCGGACUCAGCCCCCAGCCCCAGCACCUCACACUCCCUGCGCUCCUUCUCCCAUUCUCUGAAGGUCCUUCCGCUGAACAGCGGGGGGCGUCGCAGUCCACUACAGGGUGGAAACCUCAACCUUAGCAGACGAGGUGAAGGAGUCAUCGAUCGCUCUCGCUCCCCCCUCCCCCCCCUCCUCACCUCCCACUCCUCCUCUGACCUCCUGCGACUGUGCAAUGGAAAGCCCCUGCGCACGGCCCGGUCCAGCAGCUCAUCGGCUCCACCCCUCCCACCCAAACCCAACCCUGCCUCCCUCCCACCUCCCGCACUAUCCUUUUCGUUGCCCCCCGCUCGUCCAACUCCAUCCCCUUCGCUCUUUGACAACAGCACCCCACAGUCACUCCCUUGUGAUUUGGGAGACCCUUCAAAUACUUCAACAGAUGCCAACCUGGAGCUUGGUUCCUCUGUGGUCCGUCGCUCCUCACUGCACAGAUCUAAGUCAGACCUGUCAGACCGCUACGCCCGGGCCGGAGCUGACGUGGAGCGCUUUUUUAACUACUGUGGCCUUGACCCAGAGGAGCUGGAGGCAGUGGGUCCAGAAAACUUUGCUCGGGCCAACUCGGACAUCGUCAGCCUGAACUUUCGAUCAGCUUCUAUGAUCUCCUCGGACUGCGACCGGUCGAGGCGAUCUUCCAACGACGGGCUGUCAGACGCGGCUGAGGAAGAGGAAGAGGAGGCCGGGGAGCGUGUUCCAUAUGGCAUCUCGGCUGUGGAGCGAAACGCUCGAGUCAUUAAGUGGCUAUACAGCAUCAAGCAGGCAAGAGAGACACAGAAAGUCUCCCAUGUUUAGGGCAAGCAGUACAGUGGAGUGGAUGUACUUUAACCUACAGACUCAUGUGUCAGAAUGUAUACAUGGACCAAAAGUUCUAACAGGUUUA